GAAAAUACUCGUUGAGAGAAUUGAGUCAUAAAAUCUCAAUUGAAAACUGUAAUUUCAUCCGAUUUCUAUUCACCUGCUACAAACCUGAACUGUGCAAUGUCGCUAUGUCGAACCUGUAGUAAUAGUCAAUCUGUAUUUAGACAUGCCAAGUUCGUAUUACAUUUGUCUUCAAUUCAUGUUUUGGUAAUGGAGAUGUCACUUUACAUUUUCAAGAAAGGGCCAGUUUCCGCCACCGGGAGGCCAGUUGUUGCUUGUCGACUUCAUUCAGAGGUGUUGAUUCCAUCACGGAAAUGAUUUAGUCGUUCAUGCAACAGGGAUUUGCUGCUUGUAUACGUUUUGUGCCGGAGGUGACCCAUUCACAAACAUGGUAGCUCCGACGUCGGGGAUGACAUAAGAAACGAGGUGCGGUGUCAUAAAUAACUGGCUACGUUUUCUUGUGCAGAACGAGAAGCACAAACACGGUCCAUGGGCGGCGACCUCUGUUGUCGCAUAUAAAGAGAUUAGGGCCCACACUUUCUUUGGCCAACCUGACUCCGAUUUGAUGAGGCCAGCAGCGCAUCUAGGAUUUUCCAGCUGUCACAGACGAUCUUCCUAGCGCCGUUUUCCCGACCAAAAAUGCGUCAUCCAGACGAGAACAGGUUUCAUGGUGAAGAAGGACAGGCAACUCUCUUUUGACUCCGUUUUUCUGAGUCGGCAGUUUGUGGAGCGGGUUUUGUGUUUGACAACUGUUGGCGAGUAGAGCUCACACACAGGGUUCAGCUUUCAGCGUGCGUGCCGCUGAUCGUCUCUCGCGGUUGGACCUCGGUCAUUGUUGCAGGGUGUGGGAGCGAAUAUCUGGUAUCGAGUGUGCGUGCCUGGCCUUGGGCAAGAGGCAGCAGACGGAAGUACCCAAGCUUCUUGGCCUCCGAGCACAGUCAAUCCCUGGGGUCGGUAACUUCUUGUCUCGUCACUGUCGGCCACCUCACAGAUAGCGAUGCCACCGUGAAGGGUAUGAAAACUCACUCCGAGGUGUUAUCUGAACUCAGUACGGAGCAACAGAAGGUUCUCGCGUAGUUAGAGUCUGCACGGACGUGGGCUAUAUUCUUUGGAACCAUGGAUAAUUAUCUGGCUCAGGAGAUGGAGUUCUCGUACCUCUACUCUGAAAACGACACAUGCGUCGACAGUUCUUGUCUGGAAGCCAGAUCCCUGGCUGGCCCGAUUGGGGUUGCCUUGUUAAGCCUUAUUGGGCUAGUUGGGAAUCUGAGCAUCAUCUACCUGGUGGUUAGGCACAAGAAACUUCGCAACCCACCCAAUAUCCUCAUCAUCAACCUCACAGUGGGCGACCUGCUGUACAUCCUCAGUGCCUCCACCUUCUUCAUCGAGAAGGAGAUCUCGCCCAGCUGGGAGGCCGCAGUCUCCACUUGCAAGCUCAAGGCGUACGUGGAAGAUGUGGGUCAGAGCAUGUGCGUUUUCUCUCUCGCGGCCCUGAGCCGCGAGAGGUACCUGGCCAUCGUCUGUGGGAUAGAGAACCGCCGAAGGAGGGGUUCUUGUUCCGUUAACAGUCUCUGUGCUGUAGCGGUAGUUAUAUCCACCUCAUUACUGCUGGGUAUCCCCUCCCUUGUCUUUGCCAGCAAGACCAACUACAAACAAUGUAAUCAGUUCCCUACCCAUGAAAUUGUUAAGAAAGUAUUCGUCUCCCUUCGGUCCGUCCUGGGCUACGUUUUACCUCUAGCCAUCGUGAGCUUCUUUUACAUUCGCAUUGCGAGCUCUCUGUAUAAGAGCGUUGUGCAGUUUGACUACACCGAGAGCCACGCCCAGCAAAGUCGGCUCCGCAAGCGUCUUGCCGGCAUCGUCCUGUUCAUCACGGUGCUCUUUGCCAUAUUCUGGCUGCCUCAUUUCAUCCACCUUCAUGUUAGGGCUUACACCUCGGUUGAGCUGAUUGCUCUGCUGCCUUAUCCGUCCUACAUAGACUACCUGAGGAUAAUCAGCUUCCUCAUGGCUUUGACGAACUCGUGCACCAACCCUUGGAUUGUUUUCGUCAUGAGCUCCACCUACCGCCAGCGCUGCUGUCUGUUCCGCUGUGUGUGGAGCAGGCAACGCUUACGCCAUGGACAGGGAACCAUGCGCCUUACGACACUCACAGGAACGACCCGGCGUACCAGCGCCAACGUCUCGCAGAUGUCCCACGUGUGACAGGUCUCACAUCAUGGCGGUUGAAGUAAAAUAUAUGUAACAUUCGAGUGUUUUGGAUUUGAUGUUGUGGGGUAACUAAGGUGAACUAGAUAACCAAAUUAUUAUAGUACGGCUCUUAUAGCUCACAGGUAACAUCGCCUUGUUUCCUUCAUUGGAAAUUUGAACUGAUAGUUCGCAAAGAAAUUACACAUUGCCCGCAGCACUCGUCAAACCCCAUCUUGAGUGUCAGGGCUUGUUUCUAACGGCUAUCCCUUAUUUUGGUAGUGGCAAUGACGUAAGCCGUAGUCACUAAAUAUCGAUUCAGUUUCGGGCUGACAUCAAAAAUGGCAACGGAUAUAGGAGAUUGUGACUGGUAAUGCAAAGUGUCCAACAAGUGAUGUGCUAAGUCAAAAGGAAGACACAAAAUAAAUGAUUUGCCCAGGGACCUGGAAAACUGAGCGAAAAGAAAAUAGGAGUAACGACCUACAGUAUGCCUCUUAGCAAAUGAAAAGCGUAGCGAUAAAAUGCCAGUAAAAGUGAAGUCAAAAGUAUUUUUAUUGCACACUUUGUGAACAAGGGAAAUAAGAGGAACAACGAUAGAUUGUCAAUGCACGGUAUACCAACAAUAUGUGGCUUUGUCUUGGUGUUUGAGCAGGAGAAUCUCAGUGCAAAGUACUGCAAUUCUUUCCUAGCUUUUUGAGCUGGUUGUGCUUACACAUGAUAAUGAAUCCAGAUGUUCUUCCUAUUUAAGGCCACCUGUACGCCUCAUAUAUCCUAUCAAUCUCCGAUCUACUGCUUGCCUAGAAGAGGCUUGAACGUACUGUAUUUGCGAUGUGACUGGCUUCAGAAAUAUUAUGCUUAAAAAGUUAUAUAGGCCUACAUGUAAUUGUAACCAAGUGAAGUAGAGUGUGCAUAGAUUAAGAGUGGCGUGAAUAAAAAUAAAUUCAAAUAUUACCAUACCUAGAAAUAUUGAAACAUCGUACCCACGAGCUACUAACGGAAAAUGCUCAGUAAGGUACAGACUAGAGGAGCCCAUGGUAGCCCUGCCCUUUUGCUUCGUCGAAUCAUAUAGGCCUAUAAAAUGCAACUCGCAUGCAAGAUAAGCACAAGUACAUUGUAGUACAACUGUAGCUCAUUCGCCUGCGGUAUGAAUAAUAAGAUUAGGUAAAAGGUGGCUCUACUAUUUAAAAAUCUGAGUCCUUUUUAAACUCUCGCAAACAAAAUGUAUUAGUGAUACUUGUGAUACACGGCUGAGUAAGUAUAGCUGGCAUAUAUUUAUUGGUAUACGACCACGUUAUAAGUUACGUGUUGUGGCUGAUACCAGUGAAGCUGAUAUAGGCCUACAAUACGUAAAAGGUUUACGACAGUUAUAUUUGAGCAUUUGAAUAAUCUAAAUUGAAAUUAAGUACACGUAUAAUACUAAAUGUAUUUUGAAAUGUAGAUUUUGAUGCCAUAAUGAACAUGUAAUCUUAUCGCGGCAGUGCACAGUAAGGCAGUUGUUGGCGCUACUAUUUUGAAUGGUACUCAGGCCGAAGCAACUUGCUAAGGCUUGAAACUCUGUGUAAGUUCAAGCCGCAGCCAUAUGGACACAAUCUCAGACAACUUUAAACUUAAACGUCUCCCGAGUGUGUAGUAAACAUGUGAUACCGCCCACGAGCAAGGGAAUAUGAAGGCCAGCCGUUCAACAGGAAAGCAUAUUUAGUAGGACGAGAAAUAUGGCUUGGAGCAACAAAAUGGGCUGAGUUAAGAGCUGUCACGCGUAGAGCGACGGUGUGAUUUUUUCUAGUGUUAAAAAUGCACAGGGGUAACUUCAGUGCAAUAUCUCGUUACGUGAGUAGCACUUCUAUUGAUGAUUUUCACUGUCGUUGAUAUUUCAACUAAUUCGUUGACAUAAUCAAGUAACAUUUUGUCGGACUUUAGUCCAGAGUCCAAAUACCGUAUUUCUUUAACGAGUUUUUCUUUUUACUGUUUUGUUCCCCGUGGGAAUGAAAAAGUGUCAAGGCCGACCUCUGUUUCGAUCGUAACAGAAGCAAGAAGACUUUGGAAGGCUAGUUUUACUCCUUUUUACUUCAAACAAGGAGGUAGCAAGGUUAAAAAAUAAUGAUAAACCUCGACGGUAAUACUAUCGAUGACGUGAAGAAUAGGUCUGACUUUAUUUUCCAUGUUAAAGCCAAUUUCGAUUUUUAUUUUGGUUUCCCAAAAUUGUGACAAUUUUAACAAUAAAAAAGUAGUACUUAGUGCUGUAACAAAGCAAAAAUUGAGUCAGAGUAAUUUGAGGAAAAGCUUCUCACGAGACUUCUUUUGUCAAGAUUGCUAACGAGCCGUCGGUGAAAGGGCAGUCCACUUGCCCACAUGCCCAUCAGAAAUGUCGUUAGGCAAGCCUUAGUAAAUCUUUUCCGCCUGCCUCGUAUUAAUGCAGAAGGCCUUUGUUGACAGCGGAAUGUUCUUUGCUUUAAGCGUAACAUUUAAAGAAACGAUACGUUGCACUGAUAAUGCAGGGGAGAUUCAGUGCAAAGAUUCAAAUCAUUUCCAUAAAGUUAUAAAUAUGCUAAAUGCAGCACAGUUAAAUUAUUCCGUCUAUUAGUAUAUGCGGUGUUGUUUACCUAACGAAAUUUCCCAGGUGUAUGGGCUUGAGGUGAACUAGUUCGUGUUCGUGUUAAUCUGCAGGUUUGGUCUUAUUCAGAGGUUUUGCCACUUACGGUUGAAUAUCGAUCAUUGCUUAAUUUAACGUUGGCCAUCUGUUGCUUUUAUUCCCGUCCAAAUUGCCACCGUGAAUUGCUAUAGUUUGUGCAGUUGAGUCUUAUUUUGUGAUUGGCAGUUUUUUGCUGUUUGAACUUUGUGCGUGUUUGUUUCAGAUUGCACGUGACCUGGCAGAUUAAAAGCGGCAGCUUUGUAAGUAGCAAGAAUUAUCUCUCAUGAAAAGCACCAUGUGUCAUUUUAUGAUAUGGUAGGAACAGAAAGUUUCUUUUGAUCAUCUGAUCGUUUGAUUAAGCUACCAAUCGAUAAUAUAAUGGUCUAUCGAUGACAGGUCAUUGUUCACUAAUGGCAAGCCGAUGUCUUGUAUCAUUUCAACAGAGGGUGUAUUACAGUUUUAGUCCAUUGCGUAUUAAUAAUUUCCACCGCUGCCGUGAAAAUGAUGGCAAGUGUUGGCAUAUUUCGGAUACUUGGCUGGAAUUUAAUAUAGAAUGAAGGGCUUUUUGUUCGUUUUGAAUUCUACAUAAUUACGUUCAUCUGAACGUUUCCAGAUGACACGGGUACGCUGCACGUCCUGGAAGCACAAUUGCUGUAGGUUGCUGCCGAAUACAUCGCAAUAGCUAGUGGCAAUCCCUUGGUGUGAUGGAAUUAUUUAUCUGUUAAAUAAGAUUUGUUAAUUACGAAAUUUAACACAAACUAUUCGCGGAGAAUUCCUCAGGGAACUGUAACAGAUGGAAAUCCAAAGACAGUUCAGCUGUCAAACAGCACAAAAAGUUUCACUAUCUCCUUUCCAGAAAAGGGAAACAUUUUUAUUCAGAGUAUGUUGUUUUCAAAAGUGAAAAACAUUUGCAGAAAAGACAAAGAUCUGUACUGUGUUUGCCAACAGUGUUACGUUUAUGUUGAUAGCGUAUGAUGUAAAAUAAUAUUGUGGUGUGUAUAUUCAUGUAAUAUGUCAAUUAUCUAAAUUAAAGGUUAUUUGCCGAUUUAACAAAGGGUGAUCUGUGCUACUCUUCUUUUCACCCAAAAUUAAUCUCAUGAUGCCAUCAUAAUGCUAAUUUUUCAACUAUGUUUGUGUCUCAAAACGUAAACGUGUUUCCCCAACGGGAAUAAAGCCUGGAAGAGGAGCAUACACCGAGGCAGGGCCGGCCCUCACAGUAAAGUGUUCAUGAAAAGGG